UAGCGGUGAACAUGGCUGCUGUGUGCUGUGCGGGAGAAUGGCUGGUGAUGAGCAGCUCGCAUUAUUUAAUAGCUGUGAAUGUCAGAGAGAACAGGGAACCGUUUGUGUUCGACUGCACAAAAACAGAGCAGAAACCGAAGGAAGCUGAAACAGAUGAAAGCAAUGGUGGAGGUUCUCAGGAGGAAGGAAGCGACCUGAUUCUCACGCUCACCCUGUCACGAUCAGGACAUUAUGCUGCUCUGACAGAUGACAACAAAAGAUUGAUUCUGUUUCGCACCCAACCAUCAUGGCAGUGUAUCAGCACAAGGUGGGUAGUGCGCAGGUGUACCUCUCUGGUGUUCAGUCAGGCCGAGGAUGAGCUGUUUGUGGCGGAUAAAUCUGGAGAUGUUUAUUCAUUCUCUGUCCUGGAGCCACAGAGGCAGGGUGAGCUGAAGCUGGGUCAUCUCUCCAUGCUACUGGGCAUUACCCUGUCUCCAGAUGAUAAGUACAUCAUCACAGCAGACAGAGAUGAGAAGAUCAGAGUGAGCUUUUGCAGAUCCCCAUACAACAUUCAGGCCUUCUGUCUGGGACACAGAGAGUUCGUCAGUGCUCUGUGUGUUCCAGCUGCACAUCCUGAAUGGCUUCUCUCAGGCUCAGGGGACGGCACGGUGAAACUUUGGCAUUAUGAGUCCGGCCGGCGGUUACAGAGCAUCGACCUGCAGCAGCAUGGCGUUUCACAGAGCUCUGAUACGGACAGUGAAAAGCCAGUGAGGUUUGCUGUGAGUCGGAUCAUCAGCUCGCCGGAUGGACGCCAUGUCGCUGUGCAGUGUGAGAGUUUUCCCUCCAUUCAGCUGUUUACAGUAGAGGAAGGAUCAGACGGGAGCUUAACUCCGACUGAGACACUCACUCUGCCUCAGAACCUCUGGGAUAUGACCUUUGACCCUCAGGGUCGACUCUGGGUCUUAUUGGAGAACAAGGACACAAAUGUACUUCUGUACACAUAUACAGAGGAGCGCUGGAAGUGUGUGUCAGAAAGCCCUGACCUACAGAGGGUAUCAGAAACAGUGCACGCUCAGUGGGAGCUCUUCAAAGCCUCCAUCGGUGCAGAGAGUCGGUUCCGUCAUCUCUACAAGACGAACUUUGACAAUAUGGCAUCGUAUUUAGAGAAGAAAAAGGAACGACUGCAGCAACAGAAUCAGCGGGGAGGAAAGAAGAGAGCAGCACGGCAGCCGAACAGGGCAGCGAAGAAAAGCAAGACGGAGAAUAAAAGCGGAGCCGUUUCUCAGAAAUGCAGCUCAGAGAGCUAGAACCCAGCAGAGACGUCGCAGGUUUAAGUUUUUUUUUUUAAACCUCAUUGUUUUGGUGGACAUUCCUUUUCAUUCAGGUUGCAUCCUUUAUUUCAUAUUUACAUAUUAUAUUUUUGGAAAUGCCCCAAAAUUGAGAGAUUGAAAAUGAAAUUUUAAAAUAAAUGCUUUUUUUGUUUGUUUGUUUCCUGAGAA